AUGAAGCUCUCAACUUGCGUGACAGCAUUAAUUGUUGGCUGCGGAACUUCGAGUGCUUGGACUUUCAAUGUGUCGGAGGUGGCACCUCCUGAAGACAUCCUUGGCGAGCAUCAAACUCUCCAGCGCACCUGGGUAGUUUCUAGCUUCACUCAAUUGGAGCAGCUAUACCUGGCUGUGCCUGGCCCCGUUUUUGUGGAGUUGGACCCGUCUCUUCUUCCACCGUCGGAAGCUCCAAUGAAGGUGCCAAGUACUGAUACACCGGGUGUUGUUCCCGGUGUGACCCCUGGUGUCGUGCCUGGCACGGUCCCUGGAGUCAUUCCUGGAUUUGUACCUGGCGCGACGACUGUUGGAUCUAGCGCCGGCUCAGAGUGGAGGGAUAGCAGUAUGGCGGUCGCAACUAUCGAAAUACCGACCUCGAUGCUGCGCAAACAUCGCCAUCAAGAUGAGAAGAGUGAGGAGGCAGUCGUGGCCAAGAUCGUAGUUUCAGGCAACUCAUCGGAUUUGCUUAAUAUGUUUCAAGCCGCACCUUUGCAUCCUCGCCGAGACGACAGUCUUAAGCUUCAUUUGAUGAAUGAGGAUGCAUCAGGCGAAGGGUAUGUGCAGACAACGAUCUAUUUGUUCAAAAAAAAUUCAGUGCGCCGUGUCACCUCAGCCUUUUCAGGCGACGUCGUUCUAAAUGGUGAUACGAUAGCGCUGGACGACUCCGAAGCUGACAUCAAGUUUGCGUGCGUGGGCGACGGUAAUUUGUAUUUGCAAUCCGAUUCGAAUGCCACGAUCGGAUCAUUAGAAGUGGAAGUCACAGGCAGCGGUCGGGCCCAGCUGACGAUUCCUGAAGUCAUCCUUGAGAGCUUUUUUAACGUUGAAGUCGCAGGUAACGGUACGGUUGCCCUGUUGGCGGACACCUUCAGGGCCAACGAAGUGAAGACCACGGUAGCUGGGUCUGGUACUAUUGUGGUGGAGUCUAGCGACCUGACUUCACAAACGCUCAAGGCCUCAGUAUACGGAUCAGGAAUUUUUAGCUUUUCUACGUCGGGCUGUGUGACCAAGGAGACGCUAACGCUGUCAGGCUCAGGUCAGCUUCUUGUUGGUUCCAUCAUCGCACGGCAGGCAGACGUGGACGUGUGGGGCAAUGGGGAACUACUCGUACAGGUGACCGACAAGCUGACGGUGUCCACAUCGGUAUGGGGAAAAGUAGGCUACGUGAAUGCACCGCCGACUGACAUUAAGAUCAAGGGCUGGUGGUUCUGGCGCGAGGCUAGCUCUAUUGUCUACCCCUCAGCAGUAAACAAAGUUGCGAUCUUCGAAUCAGCAAUUGUUCCCGACAAGAAGCCAGUAUACUACUCCGUCGAAACUGCUGAGUCCGCGCUGUCCGAUGAUCCCGACUUUUCAAUUGUUGCGACUAAGCAAUCCAGCACAGUUGACAUGAUGUCGACGUCACUUUCGAGCAUACAGCAGGUCAGCGGAUCGAGCAGCCUAUUUUACGCGUUUAUCGGCGUUGGCGUGGUUGUUGUAAAUGUAGUGGCUGCGCGUUCAUGGGCGAUGCGCCGUGUGCACUGGCGCUACACUCCUCUGCUCUGA